CAUUUCAGAUUUGCAUCAUAAAUAGUAGUAGAAAUACACUGCUUCUGCUUACACAUUAUUUGUCCUUGAAUAAUUUCCAUCAGAUGGAAUCUGCUAUCUCCCUACGUUACUGUCCCUUUCCCUACAGCUCCAAAGGAUUUCAAAGUGCAAGUUCUAACAGAUUUCAUCUCAGGUUAAACCAUGCCACACCUCUUUGUGCUCCUCAAUUUUCUGCCACCAGACACCCAGUUACACGUUCAGUUUGGCAUGCGAAUUGCACGUUUGAAAGAUUCUCCCAGCCCACCCAGAAGGAGGGAAGAGGCAGCAAAAUUCUGAGAGGGGUUACAGGAGCUUCUCUUGUGCUGGCAUGUGUUCUUGGAUUGUUUAACUUUAAGAUGAAUCCAAAACUCACCACUGCUCAUGCUUCUUCGUAUGAAGAUUUUAAUUCAUCCAUGUCUGAGAAUGAAUUUGAUCCAUCUCACGUUGAGGGCAAAGGAAGAGAUGCUCUUAAGUCAUUGUUGAAAAUAAUGAAAGAUGCACAAGUUAAAACUCAUGAGAAUGAGAUAAUCCCUUCCCAGUUUAACAAGUAUGGACCUAGCCAAGAACAAGUUAACACCCUUAAGUGUAUUGCUAUUCGUGAAAGCAAAUCUCAGAAGGGACGUGAAGCACUGAAGAAACUGCAAGAACAAUACAUAAACUGCAAGAAUAAUAAUCUUCGUGAGCAAGAACAGUACCUUGGAGUGGCUUUGGUAGAAGUUUUCCUCCUUCUCCAGGAAAAUUUGGAGGAGGCCCGUAAAAUACUUGACGACCAAAUCAUCCAACUGCUUCAAUGCGAGCCUAAAAAGAUUAGCGGUAAGAAGGCUAAUAAGGUAAUCCCAAAAGAGAAAUGUGAUGAACUAUUAAACCUUUACAAAGAUUCUCAAUUUGGGUCAACGAGAGUGGUGACAUCUAAAUGUAUUCUUUACAAGGCCAUUGUACACACAAUGUUGGAAGACAACGGAGCACGGAAAUGGCGUAAUAAGGAAGCACUUGAAUGGAGAAAAACAUUCAUCAAAACAUUUUAAUCAAUCAUACCUUUAUUUUCAUUCCUCUUUCUUUCACUUCACAACAUCAAUAACUUAUCUUUGAUUUAUUAUUUUAAUCUAUUUCAUUUUAUGUAAUCGUUGAUAUUUAAUUAUAUAAUUCUAUAUAUAAUUAAAGAGUAUUCACUUUUGUGGGCUUUUAGCCUUGGAGAAAUAUGGGCUUAGGGAAAACGUGAA